AAUCGGACUUAUGUUGAUUUCACACGAGGACAUGAACUAUGAAGUUGAAGAGGCACUAGUGAAAAUAUUCUUGUUAUCCAAGAACAAUGAAAUUUAUACUACCUUCAACAACAUGGGCUUCUUAUCUACACUUGCUUCCUUUGGGCUAGGUGUUUAUACAGGGAUAUAUGCAGCACAAAACUAUGAAGUAGCCAAAGUUGAUGAUCCUGGAGUGAUUAUAGAAAAAAUGAAAAAAUAUUUAGAAGAAAUAAUGAAGCCCAAGCAAUAAAUUACUUCAAAAUAAAUAAACAUUCAAAUUGUAAAUAUAAGUUGGUAGUAAUUAUUACUAAUAAUUUAUAAAUAUUAUUUCCUCAAUAAAAAUAUGCAAAAAGUUUCAUUAUAAAAUAAUGAAUUAAUAUUGAAUUAUUAGUUUUUACAUAUAAUUAUGCUUGUAUCAUUGUUGUCUAUUAGUCUCUGCAUUUUUAUGCGUUAUAAUUUAAACUGUUAAAAAGCAACAGAAUGUUACUUAGUUUUUGGUCUACUUUUGUCUAUUGAUGUUCAAUAUUUAUUAAUUUCUGAUGCUAAUAAAAUGCAAAGAUUAACUAAUCAAAAAUGCAUACCUAGUAUCCUUUAUAUUAUACCUAAGUCCGAAAUAAUUGUGUACUUAUAAAUGUCUAUCUCCUAGAUAUGAAUACAUUUAUCUUUUAAGCUUUGAUCAAUUGAUCAAAACAUUUUUCAAAAUUCAAAUUUAUCUUAAUAAACAACAAUAUUAUGUUUGCAAUGAUCAAUAUGUUACAACCAAAUUUAAUGAAAAUGUAUUUUAUAAGAGUGAAUUUAAUAGCAUGCUAAAAAAAAA